AUGAUCAUUAUGUUCUACGAUGAGCGACGAGGAGGCCGAUCCAUCAAGCAAGAAAUCGAGAAGCAAGGUGAUAUCGGCGAUGAGGAGAGUGCCACAAAGGACACAACCUCAGGCCUGCUAUUCGACGACGAAACUAUACGAGCCACAUUUGUUCGAAAGGUGUUCAUAAUUGUUGCAGUGAUGCUCCUUGUCAACAUCGUCAUGUGUGCUCCGACUCUUGCAGCCGGUCUUUUGCUUAUCACCAUAUCUGCCAUGGUGCCAGCGUAUACGGUUCUUCUCGCUCUGGUUGCAACAGCUGCCACAUGUGGUGGAAUCAUCCUAUACGCUUCUCAGACCACCUUUGAUGUCACAAGGUGUUGA